CUUCCUGUUUUCCCCGCAGGGCCCCGAGAGAAAUUCUCCACUGUCACUCUGCGGCUUGGCCAUAAAUGCCUCGGGGCUGCCUCACUGAUAGGCCUGGCGCCGUUUGUACAGAAAGACCAAAAGGAAGAUAGAACGAGAGAAACCAUUUCUCUUGGGGGUGGGGGCACGGCCACGGAGGAGGAAACCGUCCUUUAGGAUCUGCCUCCAGACGCAGAAGAGGGAGAAAAGGCACAAGUGACAGACUUGGCAGUGAGAGGGUACCUCCUUUUACUAGUCCUAGGAGGGUAAAUGAAAUGCUGAGGCUUAGAUACCCCUUUCCUGUUUAAUGAUCCAGGUGGGAUCAGGUUGUCUUUCUGAAGGGGAGUGUGGGUGAAUUUUUAGAACCUAACACCCCAGCCGUGCACCUGUCUUCAUGCGCGCCCCCAUAAUGCCUCGGGUUUUCCGUUGGUACCUAAAAAAAAGGGGGCGGCACAACAGUCCGUGCUCUAGAGCCCCAGGCCCUGUGGGACGGGAAGACAAGUGCCCUGAGGCCAGGGGGAAGCUGCCCCGUUGUGGGUUGGGCCUGUCAGAAGGGCUGGACUCCAUUUCCCAGAGGACGCGCGGCACCGUUCACGCCCCCUUCGCUCUGCGCGCUCCAGUGUAGGUGAGACUGCGGCCGGGCCUUCCGGCCUCGGUCCCCCCCGCCGUUCCUGAAUUGGUAGGCUCCACCUCCGGGGCAGCCGGCUUUGCAGCCCAGGCUGCUGGGCACGUCCAAGCCGCUAGCGGGGGGAGGGAGGGUGAGGUGUGGGGGACGCUCAGAAAGUCUCAGGAGCAGUUUUAUCUUGAGAAGUCGCUUCCAGAUCAUUCCACAUCUCGUCGAAAUGGGCUCUAUUACCAUGUCAAAUUAAAAUUUCUUUGUGCAACCUAAACAAAAGAUAACAUCAGAAUUCCUCCUGGGAACAUUGACUCCUUGUGUGGUGCCUUGAAGUUUCUCUGAAAUGAACUGAUGAAUUGGAACCAUGGUGCAAAAGAAGAAGCUCUGUCCUCGGUUACUUGAUUAUCUGGUGAUCGUAGGGGCCAGGCACCCAAGCAGUGAUAGUGUGGCCCAGACUCCUGAAUUACUGCGGCGAUACCCAUUGGAGGACCAUGCCGAGUUCCCCCUGCCCCCAGACGUAGUGUUCUUCUGCCAGCCCGAGGGCUGUCUGAGUGUGCGGCAGCGGCGCAUGAGCCUGCGGGAUGACACUUCUUUUGUCUUCACCCUCACUGACAAGGACACUGGAGUCACUCGUUAUGGCAUCUGUGUUAACUUCUACCGCUCCUUCCAGAAGCGUAUCCCUAAGGAAAAGGGGGAAGGUGGGGCAGGGUCCCGUGGGAAGGAAGGACCCCGUGCCACUUGUGCCUCAGAAGAGGUUGGCACUGAGACCUCAGAGAGUGGCAUGUCCCUGCAGCCCCCCACUGUUGACGCCGCCCCCGAUGUGAAUCAGUCUCCUCGGGGCAAACCCCGGGCCAAGGCAGGGAGCCGUUCCCGCAAUAGUACUCUGACAUCCCUGUGUGUGCUCAGCCACUAUCCCUUCUUCUCCACCUUCCGAGAAUGUCUGUACACCCUCAAACGUCUGGUGGACUGCUGCAGUGAGCGGCUGCUGGGCAAGAAACUGGGCAUCCCUCGAGGCAUACAAAGGGACACUAUGUGGCGCAUCUUUACCGGAUCAUUGCUAGUGGAGGAGAAGUCAAGUGCCCUUCUGCAUGACCUUCGAGAAAUUGAGGCCUGGAUCUAUCGAUUGCUGCGCUCCCCAGUGCCCAUCUCUGGGCAGAAGCGAGUAGACAUUGAGGUCCUACCCCAGGAGCUCCAACAAGCUCUGACCUUUGCUCUUCCAGACCCUUCUCGAUUCACCCUAGUGGAUUUCCCACUGCACCUUCCCUUGGAACUUCUGGGUGUGGAUGCCUGUCUUCAGGUGCUAACCUGCAUCCUGUUAGAGCACAAGGUGGUGCUACAGUCCCGAGACUACAAUGCCCUCUCCAUGUCUGUGAUGGCAUUUGUGGCAAUGAUCUACCCACUGGAGUAUAUGUUUCCUGUAAUCCCACUGCUGCCCACCUGCAUGGCAUCUGCAGAACAGCUGUUGUUGGCUCCAACUCCGUACAUCAUCGGGGUCCCUGCUAGCUUCUUCCUCUACAAACUGGACUUCCGAAUGCCUGAUGAUGCCUGGCUGGUGGAUCUGGACAGCAAUAGGGUGAUUGCCCCCACCAAUGCAGAAGUGCUCCCAACCCUGCCAGAACCGGAAUCCUUAGAGCUGAAAAAGCAUUUGAAGCAGGCCCUUGCCAGCAUGAGUCUCAACACCCAGCCCAUCCUCAAUCUGGAGAAAUUCCAUGAAGGCCAGGAGAUCCCCCUUCUCUUGGGAAGACCUUCUAACGACCUGCAGUCCACACCUUCCACUGAAUUCAACCCACUCAUCUAUGGCAAUGAUGUGGAUUCUGUGGAUGUUGCAACCAGAGUGGCCAUGGUCCGUUUCUUCAACUCCCCCAACGUGCUACAGGGCUUUCAGAUGCACACACGUACCCUGCGUCUCUUCCCUCGGCCUGUGGUAGCUUUUCAAGCUGGCUCCUUUCUAGCCUCACGUCCCCGGCAGACUCCUUUUGCUGAGAAGCUGGCCAGGACUCAGGCUGUAGAGUACUUUGGAGAAUGGAUCCUUAACCCCACCAACUAUGCCUUCCAGCGAAUUCACAACAACAUGUUUGAUCCGGCCCUGAUUGGUGACAAGCCAAAGUGGUAUGCUCAUCAGCUGCAGCCUAUCCAUUAUCGAGUCUACGAUAGCAACUCCCAGCUGGCUGAGGCGCUGAGUGUGCCCCCAGAGCGCGACUCUGACUCAGACCCCACUGAUGACAGUGGCAGUGAUAGUAUGGAUUAUGAUGAUUCAAGCUCUUCUUACUCCUCCCUUGGUGACUUUGUCAGUGAAAUGAUGAAAUGUGACAUCAAUGGUGAUACUCCUAAUGUGGAUCCGUUGACACACGCAGCCCUGGGGGAUGCCAGUGAGGUGGAGAUUGAUGAGCUGCAGAACCAGAAGGAAUCAGAGGAACCGGGCCCAGACAGCGAAAACUCUCAGGAAAACCUGCCGCUGCGCUCUAGCUCCAGCACCACCACCAGCAGUAGCCCCAGCAUGGUCAUCCAUGGAGCUACUUCUGAACCUGCCGACUCAACAGGGGUGGACGAUAAGGCAGCAGGAGGUGUCUCCAAGUCCCUCCCGACCGUGCCUCCCAGCACUGGCAAAUCGAACGCAGACAGGCGCCAGACAGAAAUUGGAGAGGGGUCAGUGCGCCAGCGAACCUAUGACAAUCCGUACUUCGAGCCCCAAUAUGGCCUUCCCCCUGAGGAAGAUGAUGAUGAGCAGGGGGAAAGUUACACUCCCCGAUUCAGCCAACAUGUCAAUGGCAGUCGGGCUCAAAAGCUGCUGCGGCCCAACAGCUUGAAACUGGCAAGCGACUCAGACGCAGAGUCAGACUCUCGAGCGAGCUCACCCACCUCCACCGUCUCCAACAACAGCACCGAGGGCUUCGGGGGCAUCAUGUCUUUUGCCAGCAGCCUGUAUCGGAACCACAGUACAAGCUUCAGUCUUUCAAACCUCACGCUGCCCACCAAAAGUGCCCGAGAGAAGACCACACCCUUCCCCAGUCUGAAAGUAUUUGGGCUAAAUACUCUAAUGGAGAUUGUUACUGAAGCCGGCCCCGGGAGUGGUGAAGGAAACAGGAGGGCCUUAGUGGACCAGAAGUCGUCUGUUAUUAAACACAGCCCAACAGUGAAAAGAGAGCCUCCAUCACCUCAGGGUCGAUCCAGCAAUUCUAGUGAGAACCAGCAGUUCCUGAAGGAGGUGGUCCACAGCGUGCUGGAUGGCCAGGGCGUUGGCUGGCUCAACAUGAAAAAGGUGCGUCGGCUACUGGAGAGCGAGCAGCUGCGAGUCUUUGUCCUGAGCAAGCUGAACCGCACAGUGCAGUCAGAGGAUGAUGCCCGGCAGGAUGCCAUCCCCGACGUGGAGAUCAGUCGAAAGGUGUACAAGGGAAUGUUAGACCUGCUCAAGUGCACGGUACUCAGCCUGGAGCAGUCCUAUGCCCACGCAGGUCUGGGUGGCAUGGCCAGCAUCUUUGGGCUUCUGGAGAUUGCCCAGACCCACUACUAUAGUAAAGAACCAGACAAGCGGAAGAGAAGCCCAACAGAGAGUGUACAUACCCCAGUUGGCAAGGAUCCUGGCCUGGCUGGGCGGGGGGCCCCAAAGGCUACGGCACAGCUGAGAGUUCCCCAGCUGGGACCUCGGGCGCCAAGUGCUGCAGGAAAGGGUCCUAAAGAACUAGACACCAGAAGUUUAAAGGAAGAGAACUUUGUAGCAUCUGUUGGGCCUGAAGUAAUCAAACCUGUCUUUGACCUCCGUGAGACAGACGAGAAAAAAUCCCAGAUCAGCGCAGACAGUGGCGUGAGCCUGACAUCUGGUUCCCAGAGGACUGAUGCAGACUCUGUCAUUGGUGUGAGUCCAGCUGUUAUGAUCCGAAGCUCAAGUCAGGACUCUGAAGUUAGCACCGUGGUGAGUAAUAGCUCUGGAGAGACCCUUGGAGCAGACAGUGACCUGAGCAGCAAUGCAGGUGAUGGGCCAGGCGGUGAGGGCAGCGCCCACUUGGCAAGCUCUCGGGGCACCUUGUCCGAUAGUGAGAUUGAGACCAACUCUGCUACCAGCACCAUCUUUGGGAAAGCCCAUCACUUGAAGCCAAGUGUCAAGGAGAAGCUGGUGGGCAGCCCAGUUCGCUCGUCUGAAGAUGUAAGCCAGCGAGUCUAUCUCUACGAGGGACUCUUAGGAAGGGACAAAGGAUCGAUGUGGGACCAGUUAGAGGAUGCGGCCAUGGAGACCUUUUCUAUGAGCAAAGAACGUUCUACUUUAUGGGACCAAAUGCAGUUCUGGGAAGAUGCGUUCUUAGAUGCUGUGAUGUUGGAGAGAGAAGGAAUGGGUAUGGACCAGGGUCCCCAGGAAAUGAUCGACAGGUACCUGUCCCUGGGAGAACAUGACCGGAAGCGCCUGGAGGAUGAUGAAGAUCGUUUGCUGGCCACGCUUUUGCAUAACCUCAUCUCCUACAUGCUACUGAUGAAGGUAAAUAAGAAUGACAUCCGGAAGAAGGUGAGGCGCCUAAUGGGAAAGUCCCAUAUUGGGCUUGUGUACAGCCAGCAAAUCAAUGAAGUGCUUGAUCAGCUGGCAAACCUGAAUGGACGUGAUCUUUGUAUCCGGUCCAGUGGCAGCCGGCACAUGAAGAAGCAGACAUUUGUGGUACAUGCAGGGACAGACACAAAUGGAGAUAUCUUCUUCAUGGAGGUGUGCGACGACUGUGUGGUGCUGCGCAGUAACCUUGGGACGGUGCAUGAGCGCUGGUGGUAUGAGAAGCUCAUCAACAUGACCUACUGCCCCAAGACGAAGGUGUUGUGUUUGUGGCGUAGAAACGGCUCUGAGACUCAGCUCAACAAGUUCUAUACCAAGAAGUGUCGGGAGCUGUACUACUGCGUGAAGGACAGCAUGGAGCGAGCCGCUGCCCGACAGCAGAGCAUCAAACCCGGCCCUGAACUAGGUGGCGAGUUCCCCGUGCAGGACAUGAAGACUGGUGAGGGUGGCUUGCUGCAGGUCACCCUAGAAGGGAUCAAUCUCAAGUUCAUGCACAACCAGGUUUUCAUAGAGCUGAAUCACAUUAAAAAGUGCAAUACAGUCCGAGGCGUCUUUGUCCUGGAGGAAUUUGUUCCUGAAAUUAAAGAAGUGGUGAGCCACAAGUACAAGACGCCCAUGGCCCAUGAGAUCUGCUACUCUGUGUUGUGUCUCUUCUCGUAUGUGGCUGCAGUUCGUAGCAGUGAGGAAGAUCUCAGGACCCCACCCCGGCCCGUCUCGAGCUGAUGGGCGGGGUUAAGAGCCCCCAGUUCAGGGGGUGCCCUUGUGUCUUCUGCUCGCCAGGGCACGAUGCUGCGUGUGUGUUCUCUGCGAGCCCCUCACCGUGGCUUAGUUGGUUCACAGUUGUGUGUCUCCGUGUGUCUUAGUGUCUGUCACAGGGCUCGGCGGGUUUCCUCCGCCUGCUCACUCUCCACUCCCAGACCAGGCUGCUGUCCCCUCAGGGCUCAAGAGCCAUGUGUGUCUGUCUUUGGGGCCAGUGGCUUCUGACAACUCUGAGCACAGUAUGAGCCCACCAUUGCGUGUCCCUGAGACAUUCGUGUUGUGGUUCCUCAUCCUUGGCGUUAUGAGCUCCAGUGCAGGACUCUGGCUCUCCGUCCUCUGGGGCCCAGCGUGCCUGGGUGUCGGGUGAAGUCCCAUUUGAUACCGAGGGAGGGAAGCUUGAGGCCUGUCCGCGCAGACGAGAGGUGGGCAGGGAAAGGCCAGGAGAGUCACAGGGCGGCAGGGUGAGCAGCAGCCUCCCCUCUCACGCAUUUCCCAGGCUGACGGCUGCUGCCUGCCGUGGCCUCUGCAGGGGGGCAGCACUGAGGGGCUCUCCUUUGCCGAGCAGCAAUUUCCCUGAGGUCUGCCUGGCCUUUGGCCUGAGAGAGCAAAGUGGUUGGGCUGGGAGAGCCGCAGAGGCCCCUGGCUCCUGUGCCCAGGGAGCAGCGUGGGCCGGGGCCAUGUUUGGUGUACGUGGCCCGUGUCUGCAGACAGCGGCCCCUGGCCCUGGGUGCCAGAGCGGGGGAUAGCCUGGGAGUGGGCAAGAGAGGGUUGUACAUAGUUCACCUCUACGUUAUUUAUAGAAAAUGUACAGAUGUGUGAAUGUGAAAUAAAUGUCCUGAACUCGC